CGUGCACCUGAAUCACAUAAAGGGGAGGAGACAGUGCCUCAGGGAUAGAAUAAAGUGUAAGAACAUCACUAUUGGAACAUAGUAAGAACAAAAAUAAGAAAAUUUUAACAUUAGUAACGGCUGGUGAUUAGCUUCACUUAAAAAAUUGUUUUGUAAUUUGCAGUCAACAACCGACGUUAGUUGUCUUCACAUUAUCAACAUUUUGCUGCAGAGAUGUCCUUACAAGUCAGACUGAGCCUGCUGCCGAGUGUCAGGUGUUUGUAUGAUGAACCUGUGCAGGUGAAGGUGGCCGGACUGAGGUCGCAGCAGCUGGUCACCAUGAGAGGCAGAUUGACUGACGAUAAAGGAGUGAUGUUCAGCUCCUCAGCCACCUACAUGGCUGAUCGGAGCGGGAAGAUCGAACUGGACAGAGACCCCUCACUCGGUGGGAGUUAUGUUGGGGUUGAACCCAUGGGUCUGUUUUGGUCCAUGAAGCCAGACACUUUGCACACAAAGUUGACAAAGACGAAUUUGCUUAACCCCCAGACAGUUACACUGUCUGUGCAUGACAAGGAUGAUGACAGGAUGCUGGCAGAGGUGACCAAUGAGCGGUUUCUGAUUGGAGAUGGGGUCAAGAGGGUUCCUAUCAAAGAAGGGAACAUUCGUGGAGUCCUGUUUAUGCCCCCAGGUGGCGGUCCGUUUCCUGCUGUGUUGGAUCUGAGCAGCAGCAGGUCUGAGAAUAGAGCUUGUCUGCUGGCCAACAAAGGGUUUGUGGUUCUCUCAAUAACCUUGUAUCAGAACAACUUUGCCAAAGUCAAAGAGAUGCAUUUGGACUAUUUUGAAGAAGCAAUUGAUUUCUUAAAACAUUCUAAGGUGGGCAGUAAAAGAAUUGGUGUAAUAUCAAGAUCAAUAGGAGGAGCUAUUGCACUUUCAAUUGCUGCUUUUGUGCCAGGUGUUGAAGCUGUAGUGUGUAUCAAUGGCUGCAACGCCAAUGUAGCUUUUCCUCUCUAUUACAAGAAACAUCUGAUACUCUCGCCAUUAUCGUUUGAGUUCAAGAUGCUCUUUCCCACUGAGUCAGGGGCUGUCAUUGCCACGCAUGUUCUUGAUAAUCCCCUGGCAGAAGAGAACAAUGACACCCUGAUCCCCAUUGAACAAGCCAAGGGGCAUUUCCUCUUUGUGGCCUCAGAGGACGACCUCACCUGGGACAGCAAGGCUUACAUAGACCAGAUGGUGGAGAGACUGAAGCGUCAUGCGAAGGACAACUUUGAGAGUGUGUCUUACCCUGGAGCUGGACACCUACUGCAGCCACCUUAUGAACCCCACUGCAGAUCCUGCGCCAGUUACAUAACAACCAAACCAGUGAUGUGGGGGGGUGAGGCCAGGGCCCAUGCAGCAGCUGAGGUCCACUUGUGGAAAAAGAUCCAGGAGUUCUUCAGAACUCACCUGAGCUGUGAGACUGCACAGUAAAAAUAAAUAAAUAAACAAGUUUUUGGUACAAAUCAUCUGACCAAGCAAUCCUCUCCUGUUCAAAUAGCUCAACAACUAAAUAUAACACUUUUUAAAUUCUCAUUAUAACUCUUUCAGAUCAACAACUGAUGAGAACACUGUUCUCUUCAUGUACAAUCGCACCAUGUUCACACUGGUCUUUUCUCUCCAUAAGAUUCUGACUGCAGUAACAGAAAUGUAGCACUGAUAAUCUAUCCAAAUGUAGGUACAAUUCAGUUGGGUAUAUUAUACGUCUUCCAUGCCUCAUUUGUAUUUAGCUGCUGUAACGUAUCUCAUUUCAGCUUGUCUUAUUAUACUUUAUUCUAUCAUGUAUAUGCUUGAAGAUAUUAUUUUGUUUGAUUAGCAGUUAUAUAAGAGUGUCACUGAGGGUUGAAAUAAACUUAAGUUGCAC